UUGAGAUACAAGCGAGCACGUUAUUUGUAAUUUUUGCUAUGGUAUCGUAUGCAAGAGAGAUUCCACCGAAUGUGACAAAACAAUGGAAGCAAAUGAUUGAGCCCUAUUACUUACUUUGUGGGAAUGAAACGCACAUUGCCCCAGAUGUUUUAAUUACGAUGCUAACUGAUUCCAGCCUACCAACUGAAAAUCGAAUCCAUUGUUUUUGGAAAUGCAUCUUAGAGCACAAAGGGUUUGAAGUUAAUGGAAGAUUUGAUACAGAUUUAAUAGCAAAAGAGGUAUAUUUGGUGACGCCUGAAGGGGCAAAACUAUGCGCCGAGUCAGCCUACCGGGAAGAGGAAUUGUGCAAGAAAACCUAUGUAAUAGUUCAGUGUACCAUUAAUUUUGUGAUGGAUAAGUUAUAAAAAUAUCUAGUAUGUAUAGGUAUCCUAUGUGGAUUAGUCCGUAUUGCUUGAUACCAUUCAAUAUAU